AUGACGGAAUAUAGGGUCUUGUCCGUUGCGGUGCUGUGCCUGUGGUUCCUGUCUAUGGUCUGCUUAGCAUGCAACCGAAACUCAGACCGGAAAUAUGAAACAAGGUUUUGUAAGUCCAGAAAGGAGGUGAUCAAAGGUUUUCCCACUCUCAUAUCUGAGCACUCCCUGAAGAACCCAAGCUGCGUUACGGCUUUCUCUUCACGUUUAAACACUCACACAUUGGUUGACAACUGGUGGACAUUGUUGGAUUCCAAACAAACAUGGGUGUUUUGUCCGGCUGGAUAUUUCUUACAAGGGUUCAAGUUCACUAAGAAUGAGAACGGUAUUCACGCUUUGGAAGAGGGCCGAUGUACGAAGGAGGUUAGCGCACCCAGCUCUUACGAGCGAUGUUAUAGACAGGACACCACGACAUCCACCAUGUGCGAUAAGGACUACUUUCUUGCAGGACUGCAGAGAGACUCUUGCCGUGGUUGGAGUUGCGUGAGGAUGUUGAAGUGUUGUAGUAUGCCCUCCUCUCGUGAAUUCAUAAUCGAUUCUCUUGAAGUCGCAAAGGACAAGAUCAUGCUGCAAUCUCUGAAAGGACUGGCUGAGAUCGCAUCUUUUCUGGGCUAUGAUGGGGCUAAAGGUUGCUUUGGGCAAGAAGUUGGGGACAAUUUCGUGAAAAAUGGAACUGCUUGGGAGGCGAAGAAGUGUGAGCAUAGAGACAAUCCUCAGCUAAAAAUCAGUUAUAAGGAUUGGAAGUUCACAGUGCUGAGUCACUCCUAUUCGAAGCCGAAAACUGUAGACUUACCACCGGAAGAAAUUGACAGGGGUGAUUUUAUCAAUGACAGUCCAUUACCAAUUAUGGAAACGGUUAGGAACACCUUCAACAUCAGCCGUACUGUAAAACACACACUUAAGAGUCCGUGGAAGGGACCCGAUGGGAUAGGAGUUGAGGUGAGCUACUAUCCUGUAUUUAAUACUGGAGACCUCGGGAAAGAAUUCGUCUUCGAUAUAACUUCCGACCAAGGAAAAGCAAAGACGAUUAAAAUAACGAGUACAAGGAGACAAUCUGAAAGGCACAGAGAACUGGGGCCUUACACAGAAUCGAGAUGGACAGCGGAUCUGUACAGGAAACAGACCACACAGAAUUAUCAGGCCACCAUUCUCAUCCAUUGUUCUGUGCAGUUGGAGGGGCGCCUUAAAACUGAAAUUGCACAGCUCACUGAAUAUACUGACGACCUCAAACGAUACACGGAGAAAAGUGGUAAUGACGCAGUGUACCAAUUUGGCGAUGAAGGCAAGCCGUUUUUUGUUGCUUUGUCAGACGAACAAGAGCUAUGGGAUAAAUCUACUUUGGACAGUCAGGUGAUGGACAUACUAGUAGAAAGGCUCGUUGAUCGUAAGAGAUAUGAGUUUGUUCUGGAAGGAAAGUUCGAAGACACUCAUGGUGACUUCAUAGACAUAGGGUUUGCUGAAAACAACAUGACAAUGACGUAG